GAGUGCAGCUGAUCUUGCCCCGACACAGUUGGGUGGGAUCUGCGGCACAAGGCUAAAGCAUGGCUUACAAAUACCCUUAAUCCUUUUCUGCGUGAGAUUCUCGUCCUCUCUCUUUCUGCUUUUUCUAGUUCACCGCGAGCUUUGCGUAUCGCAGAUAGUAAGUCGCAGGUUAACAGCCAUCGCUUGUCAGACUCGCUUUUCAGACUCGCUUUUCAGACUCGCUUUUCAGACUCGCUUUUCAGACUCGCUUUUCAGACUCGCUUUUCAGACUCGCUUAUCAGACUCGCUUUUCAGACUCGCUUUUCAGACUCGCUUUUCAGACUCGCUUUUCAGACUCGCGAGGCCGUUUCAGUAUAAGAUCAGGAGAACUGAUUCCUCUCUGCCGCCGUCUGCAAGUAGCAUCAGAGAAAUCUUUGACGUAUUUGACUCGAUACGAGCAGCACAGCUUUCUCAGCAUCUUAGCUAAGGAGACAGACGCCGACGGAACGUAGACGGGAAGCGGACAGGACCGGCAGCAUGGCCGAACGAAACGGCACGGCGUUUAGAGCCAUGCAUGUACACGCCGAAGCCGACGCGACGGACAGACUCGUUGCGUUGCAAUCACCGACUGAUGAGAUCACGCGCGUUCCUAGCUCCAGAGGCUCCGUCUCCUCUACCGGCUCUUUCUUCGUUCGCGUGUAUUCUCCCAUAUUUCGGCUUAUAUCGAAUCCUCUGUCCGCGUUUGUGAGUUCAAAAUCGGGAAGUGUCUUAGUAACCGAGGGGAGCAGAAGCCCCAGAGGUACUAUGGAUUGGUUUCACUACAUGCUUCUAGGUCUUAACGCGUUGCUCCUUGUGCUCUUUAUAGCGCGAUCCGCUCCGCAACACUGGGUGGUGCCAGCAGCCAGCGGAGCGGGGGAAGCCGCAUCCGCGGAAGGCGCAAUUGCGGGGGGAGUGUCGCUGCGCAUGUCCGCCUGGGGGGAGUCGUGGGAGCAUUGGGGGAAGCGUUUGAUGCUGGGGAAACUGCGGAAAGCGCUGUUCCUAGGGUACGCAGGCGGCGGGGGGUCCGCGGAAGGGGCGGCGGAGAGUUCGGGGGAGCUAGCAGUAAGCCCAUGGGGGCGGGUGUCUGCGACGGGGUUGAGCGAUUUUAUCGCGGGCGACGAGGAUGUCACACGGCGGCGACACCAGCAGCAGGCGUCGGAGCACGUUUGCUGGACGUCGUCGGGAGAUUACACCUCCCCGUCGCCCCCAGGAGUCACCAUUCACGGGCGCGACUGCACGUCUUGCCGCAGGGGGGAGUUGUGCGCCUUCCGCGUGUCCGUGCGCGCGCCCGCGCACUGGGCGGAGGAAGUGCUGCAGGCGCGGAAGCGCAGCUGGUGGAAGCGCGAGCUGACCGUUACAAUGCGGGGGCCCGCCUUGGGGGCGGGGGACGUGCGGUGCCUGGACCCCCCGCGCUGCAGGGAGAUGAGUGUCGCCUACCGGCUGUGGGAUGUCGGGGAAUACUUGGCCACGGUCCACAUAGGGUGCGCCAACCUGCGCUUCUCGCCGUACUUCUUCCCCCAUCUCAACAAGACAGCUCAGCACGACCUUGUCACCUGGCGCCUCACCGUUCUGCACCGCACCGCACCCAACUCCACACACGCGGAGCUUCACAGCAGCAGCAGCAGCAGCAGGAGUCUCGCCUCUGGUGCAACUGCCGACUAUCCCGCCCCACAAUCAGAUCAAAUCUCACCCGAGAAACCCACCGCCUCACUUCCCCACCUCCAAGCAACCACGCCACACCUAAACCCUCCCGAAGCCAACCCCAGACUAGGCUCUCUCCUCCCUGCAAACCCCUGUGCGGGUACUUCCGUCCCCGCCCGGUGGAAACUGAGCAACGGCACGUACCACUGGACCCCCUACUUUUGCGCCCACAGAGAGCUUCCCCCGUCUCGCUGGAUAGCCGCGCUGGAAACACGGGGCAUCCGCGAGAUAAGUAUCGUGGGGGACUCGCACCAGCGGUUUUUCACUGCGCACCUGUUUUAUCUGCUGACGGGGCGGGCAGACAUGGGGAUGCAGAAGUGGCGCGAUAAUCUGUUCUAUUCGGCUAGGGAUGGUGAGGGGCGGGAGUUGAAAAUUAACUUCUAUUGGAUCGAUGGGAUAUACAGGAAUGGGGAGUUUGGAUGUAGCCACCGGGGCACCACCACACAGAGAGAGACCCAGUUCCCCAACAUCUCAUCCACUGCUGACGUCACCCUCUUUGAGGGAGGGUACUGGGGAGCUUCCUUCUGCCGGCAGCCCCUUAAAGCCCUCCGGGUGUACCUGCGUGAGUUUGUGCGCUGGGGUAUUGCAGCCGUUGCGCCCGGGGAAGGCCGGGCGGUUUUCCGCACCAUCCCCUCGUUUGUGGUGAAAUGGAACUCUUGCAAUGGCUGGUACAGUGGGCCGAGGACAAAUAGAGCGGGCAUGGCGGUCAAUGCGCUGCUGAAGCGGAUCGUGGUGGGGGGGAAGGGAAGAGGAGGAGCGGAGGAGGAUACUGCUGGAGUUGAAGAGGGGGGGAGUGGAGGGGGAAAGCAGGGGCAGGAGAAGGGGCAGGAGAAGGGGCAGGUUCAGGUGGGGCUAGAUGACAGCUUGCAGAGGCUGCCAGGGGAGGGCUCUUCAGGGCCCCCAAAGAUUGGAGAGUCCGUGAGAGAACGAGUCGAGAAGGAGGGUGAUGCCGACUCUUCAGGGCCCCCAACGCCCCUGUCUUCAUCACCUUCGGAAACAGAGGAAACAGAGGCAACAGAGGCAACAGGAGAAGAAACAGCAGCCGCAGCAGCAGACGCAGACGCAGAAGCGGAUGCAGAAACAGAAGAUGAAGCAGGAGCGCAGCAGAACGACAUACCAGCUGGAGCAGCGACCAUUCUGGACACGUGGGUGAUUGACGCACCUCGGUACACGGACACGGCGAUUCCCGGCGACCACCAUUACUCUAAUAUAGUUGCCACAGAGGAGGGGGAUGCGGUGGUGGGCGAGGUGGGUGAGGCGCACGUGCGUGCGUUCAUCCACUACCUGCUCUACAUCCUCCCCCCACCUGACAAGUGAGGCCGGUCGGGAGAGUGAGUGCAUCUGGAAUUACCACUAGUACUGUGGUGGGGGAGGUGGGUGAGGCGCACAUGCGUGCGUUCAUACACUACCUGCUCUAAAUCCACCCUCCACCGGAAAAAUGUCCUGCAGUUUUGGCAGUUAGCGGUGGUUACGACCAGGGGGGUACAAUGGAGGAGGGGGGUGCGGUGUUCGGGGAGGGGCGGCUGAGGCGCAUGCGUUCCGGCGUCCAUGCACUAGCUGCCCGUCAUACUCCCUCUGCUGGAGAGGUGAGGCCAAGAGAGUGCAUCUGGAAUCACCACUACUACUACUGUGGUGGGGGAGGCGUGUGUGUGAGGCAUAUUUGUGCCGGCAUCCAUUCACUACCUGCUUGACAUAUUCCCGCAGUGUGAGAGGUGAGGCUUUCAUUAGUUUUACUAGUGCCAUCCUAGCAGUUACUGUAGAGUGUACAGUACUCAUAGAGGCGUGAGAAUAGACCUAUUGAAUUGCCUGAACAACAAUAUCGUUUUUGUGGUCCGAAAUUAAUGAAGUAUUU